AAAUUAGAAAGAGCAAUUGGAAACAAUAAGAGUCUUUAUAAUAGUACUUACCUUUACGAAAGAUAUCAUGACAGUACAUUUGAAACAUGUGCGGUAGAGUUCCUUGUGGCUUAGUCCUUCUAAGGUGGCGGUUGUGGAUAAGGCCAGUUAUUGUCACUGCUUACUUCUUAAUAAUAAUUAUAUUAGUGCCUUUGUUAAUAAUAAAUUGUAUUCAUAAUGGAUUCAUUAAGAGAAACCAGGAAGUUUUUCUUGCUGGGGUCUUCGUUAUCAUGGCACUACCGAUAUCAAUAUGGCAAAUUGCACAACAUAUUGUACAUUACACCCAACCAUGUUUGCAAAAGCAUAUAAUAAGAAUAUUGUGGAUGGUGCCCAUUUAUGUAAUUAAUGCAUGGGUUGGAUUGAUAUUCCCUGAACAAUCAAUUUAUAUGGACAGUGUACGAGAAUGUUAUGAAGCAUAUGUUAUUUAUAAUUUUAUGGGAUAUUUAUUAAGUUACUUGACAUUGCAAACACCAGACUGGGAAGAGUCACUCCGACACAAAUCUCAAGUUUUUCAUAUAUUUCCUUUGUGCUGCCUAUCGCCGUGGAAAAUGGGAAGCGAAUUAGUUCACAUGUGCAAACAUGGGAUUCUUCAGUAUACUGUUGUACGUCCUUUGACUACUUUCAUAUCUGUAAUUAGCCAUAUCUUUGGAGUAUAUGGAGAAGGCGAUUUUAGAUUUUCGGUUGCUUUUCCGUACAUGGUUAUUACCAACAAUAUUUCUCAAUUUGUUGCUAUGUAUUGUUUGGUUUUAUUCUAUAGAGCCAAUAGAGAAGAACUCAGGCCAAUGAAACCUUUAGGAAAGUUUCUUUGCAUUAAAGCUGUGGUUUUUUUUUCAUUUUUCCAAGGAGUUCUAAUUAAUAUUCUUGUAUAUUGUAAAGUAAUUAAGACAGCAUUUAAAAUUACGGAUCAUGAAGAUGUUCAAAUCUUAUCGUCUAAACUGCAGGAUUUUCUCUUGUGUAUUGAAAUGUUUGUGGCGGCUAUUGCUCAUCACUAUAGUUUCUCUUAUCUCCCGUUUGUGGAUUCGUCAUUAUCAUCAUCCGGUGGCUGCUUCAGUGCGUUUCUUGCUAUGUGGGAUGUGUCCGAUGUUCAUCGUGAUGUAUCAGAACAUAUCGGGGUUCUUGGCAAUUCUUUGAGCAGAAGAUUUUGGUGUCCAAGUAUGUAUCGGAUUGGAGAUGGCCAUGAGCAUGAAGUUUUGAUUCGAACAGAGCAAAGUAUUGGCGAAGCGGAUACACAGCGACAAACAGUUGGACUAUACGGAAGUAUGCAUACAGAAAAUUCUAACCAUGAAUUUUCUAAUUCCCAAUUCCAGUAUUCUAGCGAAUUGGAAGUGUGA